GAUUCAUUGUAUCAGACUGAGACGAGAGGAAGCAGCGAGCGAUUCGACUGGUCGGUAAACCAGCUCUGCCCCGCGAAAACACUGAAAAACCCGACUGCCCGCCACAGAAACUGCAGCAGGGAUGGCAGCCAUCCGUAAGAAGUUGGUGAUAGUGGGGGAUGGAGCUUGUGGGAAGACCUGCCUCCUGAUCGUCUUCAGCAAGGACCAGUUCCCCGAGGUCUACGUCCCCACCGUGUUCGAGAACUAUGUCGCCGACAUAGAGGUGGACGGCAAACAGGUGGAGUUGGCUCUCUGGGACACAGCUGGUCAGGAGGACUAUGACAGGCUGAGACCUCUGUCCUAUCCAGACACUGACGUCAUCCUCAUGUGCUUCUCCAUAGACAGCCCUGACAGCUUGGAAAAUAUUCCAGAGAAGUGGACUCCAGAAGUCAAACACUUCUGUCCCAACGUUCCCAUCAUCCUUGUAGGAAACAAGAAAGACCUGCGUAACGACGAGCACACGCGCCGAGAGCUGGCCAAGAUGAAGCAGGAGCCGGUGAAGUCAGAGGAGGGGCGGGACAUGGCCGGACGAAUCGCAGCGUUCGGUUACAUGGAGUGCUCCGCUAAGACCAAGGACGGCGUGCGGGAGGUGUUCGAGAUGGCCACCAGGGCGGCGCUGCAGGCCCGCCGCGGAAAGAAGAGCAAUAAAUGUGUACUGCUGUAAAAUGGCCGACAUAUUUGGACUGUUUUCACCCUGGGCUACUGUACACGGGGCAGGGACUCGGGAGGGACUGAGGGGUUACUAGACGGGAGAGGGAGGGGGGGAGGGGAGGAAAAGCAGUAAACUACUACCGCUGUAAAAUGGCUGUUUGUUGGACUGAAUUUACCCUGGGACUUGGGUUUGGGAAGCUUUGAUUGACAGGGGUGGGUGGGUGGAUGGAGGGGCGGGGGACGAGGAGGAGCAGGAAACGACGGCCGCUGUUUUAAACCAUUGGGCUCUUUUACCUGUGGGACGUUAACACCAGCCUUCAAGUGUCACACGCCACUUACACUGAUGAAGACCAGGAGAUCCCGAUCCUCUCUCUGAGUCUAGCUGAUGGUUAAACUGAUGGAGCUGCUGCUGAAUUAUGGGAAGCCUCGCCAGGUGUUUGUGGUGGAGCUGGACAGGUGAAGGGAUGUGGGUGUGACCAUGAUGAGACCGUAAACACCAAACCAGGACUAAGCUGUUUCCUACAUUCAGCUGACAGCGUAUAUUCUGUAGUUACCUGGACAGGUUAUUUCAACUAAAGGAGACAAAUCAGCUGUAAACUCCGUGAAUCAAGCGCUCCUCAAACCGCUGCUUUCAACGCAUUUGGUUUUAAAGUUCAAGUCAAGAACCAGAAAAUAAUUUUCUCUUGCAAAAUGAGACGUUUAGACGGUUGUUGUCGUCAUCGAACACGUGGUCAUGUGCCGUCAGGUGCUGCGUGUUGCAUUAUCAGAGAGGCGUGGAGUUAACAGCCUCACAUGUUCAGCUCAGUGCCGCUCAGUCUCACGGUGGCUAAUCCUGUGCUAACAGACAAACACACUGAGAUCAUCUGUUUCAGUCACCCAGCAGCAAAUCCUGUUAUUAGUGGAUAAACAGGUUGAACAGCUCUGGGUUUAAGUUAAAGUUAGUGGUGUGUGAUCCUCUGAUCUUUAAAUAUUAGACAUCUUUCCACUGCAGUGCUGUCGAGAGCGGCGGAGUAAAGUGACCCCUCCCUCUGUCAGGGCGACACAUUACAUCUUUCCUGUAUUUGAUUCGUCAGCUCUCACCUGAAGCUUCUGUAACAUUAAACACAGUCUAAAUCAGUGGAAGUGGCAGGUGAACAUGGUCCCACUCUGACACAGGUAACUUCCUGUCCACGCCUCGGCCCUCCACCCCUUCCUGUUCCACAUAGCUGACUGCUGGUGCUCAUCUUCCCCUGGUUUCAGACCAGGACAAAGAACAAGGAGAGGAGAGUAUUGUUUACAUGCACACCACUGAUCUCCUUAUUUGGGAUGAACGACUAUUCAUUUUUUUUUUGUGUGUGUGUAGACGUAUAAAAAUCAAAUGUACCAAAACCAGAAUUAGUUGACGUCUGAGGGAGAUAAAAAGGUGCCUGUGAUGAACCAUGUCGUCCAUCAUUUCCAUGUCUGCCUUUCACUGGUUUCACUGUUGCCGUCUGACAUCUGCUCCAACAGGUAAAGACAAACAUGACCUUUUUACCCAGAAGACUGUGCAUGGAAAUGCCAGAAUAGUCAGGUUGGGCAGUGGGAUAGAUUUGGAGUAAAGCAUGCAGGUAAUCUACGUCACUAACGAGCGGAGCGACGAUUAACCACCUGCCGUGUGUUUGGGGGAUUUUGUAAAGGUCUUUUAUUUUUAGAAACGUGACGGUGGCCGUUCAUGUUUGGGAUUGAUGAGGCGCCGACCUUCCCUGACUUCUCUGUGUGUUUUAAAGCCAGACUGAGGCUCUCGACAGUGUUGUACCCUCCUGUUCUUCUUCCUGGCCUACAGGGAGGAGCCUGUUCCAGAAACCUAGUUUGUGUUGUUGUUUUUAUACUUUAAUUUCCUGCUUCAAAAAAAAAAAAAAAAAG